AAUAGAGGCAUGGGACUAUAGAGGUGACCUUACAUACGCAACUAUAACAAAAGAAAUUCAGAGAUAUUGUUUACGCUAAGGAAAAAUGUGAAUUACGCUUCGAAAAAUUUAAUCUGCCGUUUUCAACAUGAGACGAGCGUCAGAACUUGUUUAAACAAAAGUAAGAGCCUGUGUGUUCAGCGCAAGAACCAUCAGGUCUUAACCUCUGCCGCUUGGAAUAGACGCUCUCGUAUACACAAGUUAUUUUUUUUUAGUUUUAAAAAAUAAUCGCAAAAUGUCAAAAGAUAUAAGAUCCUUUUUCAUUACUUCCAAGGGGAGCUCGCAAACGAAGAGUGUCAAAGAAGAUAAGUCGCGAAAGAAGCAUGUCAUAUCUUCCGACGAAGACGAGGAAAAAAAUUCUAGUCCAUCAAAAAGUAGAAAAACGAAAACUGCAGGUAAUAAAAAUGCGGAUGUCAAUGGUAAAAAAGGGCAUUCAAAAAAGCGUACUAUUGUAUCUUCCGAUGAGGAAGACAAUGUUGACUCCCAUGUUAAAACCAAGAAAGCAAAAGUUUUGAAUGGUAGUAAAAUUGAAACCGUUGAGAAGAAAUUAGAAGUUGUUGAAGAUGUAGGAUCGAUGUUUAGUAAAAAGCCCGCAAAAAGGAUAAAUGCUCCUAAAAUUACUAAAAAGAAUAAUGUCGAAAAACCAGUGAAAUCCGAUAAUAAGGUAAUAUCAAGUUUUAUUGAGGAUGAUGAUUUUGAUGCAACUUUAAAUCAGCUGGAUACGUCUCAUAUUGAGGAUGAAUAUUUGGCAACUGUUACCACUGAAACAUCAUCUCCAUUUUUUAAGAACAAAAAGGAGAACGAUACUGAGUUAAGGAAUUCAAAGAAAGAAGAAAAGAAUGAUUGUAAGGCUGAAGGAAGUGUCAAAGAAGAGAAAAGCAAAGAUAAGGAUGCAUCUAAUAAGAACAAACAUAGUACAGAUAGAAAGACUUCUCCAGGAGACAAAAAUAAAACUAAAGAAAAGAAUAAUUCUGAGACCAAGCAUAACAAAGAAAAGUCAAGCAACAGCGAUUCUGAGACCAAACAUAAGAAUGAUAAAGAUAAAUCAAGUAAGAGUGAUUCUGAAAACAAGCAUAAAAAUGAAAAAGAUAAAUCUGAAGAAGUUAAUUACAAUGAUAUUAUUGAAGAAAAAAUAGAGAAAAAGAAACAGCAUGUCAUGCUGUACCAGAAUUAUCUCAAUCGAGGUGGAGCCAGAAAUCCAGGUUCAAAGGAAAUCCCAGAAGGAGCUGAACAAUGCCUAGCCAAUUUAAGCUUUUUGAUAACAGGUGUUCUGGAUUCAUUGGAACGUGGUGAAGCUGAAGAACUCAUAACAAAAUAUGGUGGAAGGAUGCUUCAUUCUGUGUCUAAGAAACUUAAUUACAUUAUCAUUGGAGAAGAAGCAGGCCCUUCAAAAUUAGCCAAAGCAGAGAGCUUAAAUAUUAAAAAAAUAAGUGAAGAUGGCCUGCUAGAGCUGAUUCGUACUAGACCAGCAGGAGCAAGUGCAAGCAAGAAACCAGUAAAUGAUGCUGAUGGAUCUCACAAACGCAAAAGGGAUGACUCAUCAAAUCGUGAGGCCAAUGAAAACUCUGACAAAGCUAAAAAGAAUAAACAUGAAUCCCCACCAAAAGAUAAUCACCGGAAUCCAGAAGAGGCAAAUAAAAACAAGGAUCAUCCCUCACCUAAAGAAGAACACAAGAGUCUUGAAAAAACAGAGAAGAAGAAAGAUUCGUCAUCACCAAAGAAAGACCGUAAUAGUCCUGAAAAAAGUAUUGAGAAAAAUUUACCACCUAAAGUUGAAAAAGUUGAAUCUAAAAGUGACAUUCCACAGGCAAAAAAUUCUAAGUCUGAUUUAAAGAAGAUAGAUAUUACUGGAGAUGCUUUGGUAGAAAAGUACAGGCCUAAAGAAUUGAAACAGAUCAUUGGCCAAACUGGAGACAAAAGUAAUGCAAAAAAGUUACACUUUUGGCUUACCAAUUGGCACAAAAAUCAUGGCAAAGAUGCCAAAGGUGCCAAACCCAAAUUUUCUUACAAAGAUGACACAGGUACUAUUUACAAGGCAGCCCUUCUGUCCGGACCACCUGGUAUUGGCAAAACAACAACAGCCUACGUUGUCUGUGCUCAGUUGGGAUAUGAAGUUCUGGAAUUCAAUGCAUCUGAUACAAGAAGUAAAAAGCUUUUACAAGAAGAAAUUGCAGGUAUUUUAUCAAACAAGACGGUGAAGUCAUUUUUAACAAAUGGACAAGAGAAGAAGAAAAAUCCACCAAAGCAUGUAUUACUUAUGGAUGAAGUUGAUGGAAUGGCAGGAAAUGAAGAUCGUGGAGGGAUGCAAGAACUGAUUGCUUUUAUUAAAUCUACAGAAGUUCCUAUAAUUUGUAUUUGUAAUGAUCGAAUGAGCCAAAAAAUUAAAACUUUGGCAAACUACACAUUUGAUUUAAGGUUCCAAAAACCAAGGUUAGAACAGAUAAGAGCAGCAAUGAUGAGUAUGUGUUACAAAGAAGGCAUAACAGUCACUGCACCAGAAUUAACAGCGAUAAUUCAAUCUACAAAUCAAGACAUUAGACAAGUGAUAAAUCAUGUAGCUAUGCUAUCAGCAAAGUCCCAAACUGAAAAAGAAAGCCAUGAAAAAACCAAGUACAAAAAUUUGAAACUCGGUCCUUGGGAUGUAGUUCGUAAAGUAUUCAGCGCUGAUGAACACAAAAAUAUGAGCAUACAUGAUAAAAGUGAUUUGUUCUUCCACGAUUACAACAUAGCAGGUCUUUUUGUUGAAGAAAAUUAUCUCAGUGUUACGCCAUCAGGCCCAAGAAAUGAAUUGUUUGAUAAAUUGGCUAAAUGCAGUGACAGCUUGGCUAUUGGCGAUACAAUCGAAAAUGCUAUUCGAGGAAAACAAGCUUGGGGACUUCUCCCUGUUCAAGCAUGUUUCUCAUCUGUCAUACCAGGAUCAGUAAUGUCAGGUUUCAUAAACUCACAAAUAAACUUUCCCAGCUGGCUUGGAAGAAAUUCAAAGAGGAGCAAAUGUGACAGGCUUCUGCAGGACAUUACUGUUCAUGCUCGUAUAACAACAGGGGCAAGUAAAGAAGCAAUAAACCUUGAUUAUCUGAAAAUGUUGGUUGAUUCUAUUGUCAGGCCUCUAGCUGUUGAAGGAACAGAAGGUGUUGAAAAAGCUGUUGAAAUUAUGAAUAAAUACCAUUUAUCAAGAGAAGAUUUGGAUUCCCUGAUAGAACUUACGAAGUGGCCACACACAAGAGACCCAAUGCAGUCGGUUGAUAGUAAAACAAAGGCUGCUUUUACAAAAGCAUACAACAAGAGUGCUUCAUUCCAUAGUGCAACGACGAUGAAAAAGAAAUCUUCUCAGGCUGCAGAGGAUGACGAAUUUAUGGGAAGUGACGAAGAACCACCAUCAGAUGCCGAUGCAGACAAUGAUAAAAUUGAAAAUGAUAAGCUUAUCAAGGCUAAAACAUCGAAAGCAAAAACCUCCAAACCUGCACCAUCAGAUAGUAAAGGCAAAGGCAAGGCUAAAGGAGCUGCUAAAAGUAGUUCCACUCGUGGUAAAAAGAAAUGA